AUGUCUGAGAUGCACAGUGCAGGCGUACAAUCAUGAGCAGCUUACGACACUCAGUGAACACUGGGUGCCUCUGCAUGCUCUAGCAACAUACUGCUCAGCUGAAGGGAAGGGAUUCUUGCUGUCUCUCUCUGCUCUAAGCAUCACCUAACAAGCAAAGCGAACAAAGAAUGGGAAAUAAAGCGACCCUUAACCGGUCAGUGAAUGAAUGGUAACCUCUCUCUGGAGUAAAGGUUGUGCCGGUCAAUGGUCGUUGCAAAUGACGGACAUUAAACAGAUUGACAAAUCCUGUGGAGUCGUUAGUAAAGAGUUUGGAGUUUUUUUCACGCCACAGUGUUAACUGCAGAGGAAAGGACAGAGGGAGAAGGAGAAGAUCAAGCUCAUGUACAUAGUUCUGAAACUUGCAGGUCCUAGGAGGCAGCUCAAAAGCUAGCUGGACAAGCCUUUCGCUCGUUGAGCAGAAGCGAAGUGAGACAUUGUGAGCUUGCCAGCCUUGCACAACAUUGAAAGGGACUGAAUUUGUAGCACAGAGGGGUCUUUUUUAGCUCUGCAUAUAAUUAGUCCAAACACAAAGGAAGCAACUGAAUGGAGGUUGUCACUCUCUGGAAAAGGGUGGGUAAGACACUUUUUAAUUAAAUUCUUUCAUGAAGAAAGAUUUUUUUUUUUCCUUUGCUGCAGCAUUUAACAUGAACAAAAUCACUAUCAUUUUACCUUUGAAUGUCUGUGAACUUUAAUGCUGCACAGCUCCUGCAUGCUGUAAAGUGAAAUAUUUGCCUCUGUGUUUGUUCUGUUUGCUGUUUUGCUUUGGUUUUCGGGCUUUGUUUCGUUGGUUUGCUUUUUUUUUUUCCCCCCUUAAAUAAAAUAUGAUGUAGAAUUUGAAAAGAUUCAAUGGACAUUCUCAAGCAUAUUUGGAAAUAUUCUUGCUAAUGGAUUUCCUUCUUAUUGGUCUCUGUUUAAACUGGCUGCUGAGGAAGCCCCCGGGGUUGAUAUUGUGUACGCUGGGUAUCUUUUCUAAAAUGCUUCCAGCUGUGAAUAGUGGGUGUCCACAGCUCUGUCGGUGUGAGGGCAGGCUUUUGUACUGUGAAUCACUGAAUCUUACAGAGAUGCCUCGCAACCUGUCGGGCAUGAUGGGCUUGUCUCUGCGGUACAACAGCCUUUCAGAGCUGCAUGAUGGACAGUUCACAGGGUUAAUGCAGCUCACGUGGCUCUAUCUGGAUCACAAUCACAUUUGCUCAGUGGAGGGGAAUGCCUUUCAAAAAUUGCGGCGAGUUAAAGAGCUCACCCUGAGUUCCAACAAAAUAACCCAACUGCCCAACACCACUUUCCGCCCCAUGCCAAACUUGCGCAGUGUGGAUUUAUCUUACAACAACCUACAGUCUUUGGAGCCCGACCUGUUCCACGGGCUGAGGAAACUGACAACUUUGCACAUGCGGUCGAACGCCAUCAAGUUCGUGCCGGUGAGAAUUUUUCAGGACUGUCGCAGCCUGAAGUUUCUGGACAUAGGAUACAAUCAGUUAAAGAGCCUGGCUCGAAACUCUUUUGCGGGCUUGUUCAAACUCACUGAGCUGCACCUCGAGCACAAUGACUUGGUGAAAGUGAAUUUAGCCCAUUUUCCCAGGCUCAUCUCCCUGCACUCUCUCUGCUUGAGAAGGAAUAAAGUUACCAUCGUAGUAAACACCUUGGACUGGAUAUGGCAACUGGAAAAGAUGGAUCUCUCUGGCAACGAAAUCGAAUACAUCGAACCUCACGUUUUCGAAAGUGUACCUCAUCUCAAAUCCCUGCAGCUGGACUCCAACCGGCUGACCUACAUCGACUCCCGGGUCCUGGACUCCUGGAAGUCCCUCACUAGCAUCAGCCUCUCCGCCAACGCCUGGGAUUGCAGCCGGAACGUCUGCGCCCUGGCCUCCUGGCUGAGCAACUUCCAGGGUCGCUACGACAGCAACCUGCUCUGUGCCACCCCCGAGUACGCGCAGGGCGAGGAUGUUUUGGACGCCGUGUACGCCUUCCACCUGUGCGAAGACGCAGACCCCACGAGCGUCAACACCUUCUCCCCGGUGACCAACAACAGCGACCAGACGCUCGGCUACGGCUCCGCCACCGCCACCUACGACGUGCCGGACAGCGGCGAGGACCGGACCACGUACGCCGUCACCAUCACCAUGCCCGGCGAGAACUCCGAGAACGCCGUGCAGAUUCACAAGGUGGUGACGGGCACCAUGGCACUGAUUUUUUCCUUCCUCAUCGUGGUUUUGGUGUUGUACGUCUCCUGGAAGUGCUUUCCAGCCGGCUUAAGGCAACUAAGACAGUGCUUUGUCACACAGCGCAGGAAGCAGAAGCAGAAACAGACCAUGCACCAAAUGGCUGCCAUGUCAGCCCAGGAGUAUUAUGUUGAUUACAAACCCAACCACAUUGAGGGAGCCCUGGUGAUCAUUAAUGAGUAUGGAUCUUGUUCCUGUCACCAGCAGCCAGCGAGGGAAUGUGAGGUGUGAUUUUCCUUGUGGGAUUUAAACAGUGUGCAACCAAAUAACAGCGUGCAGGCAGACAGUGGCACGGGGUGGGGGGGGUUGCUGGGCUUUGCUGGUGGUUUCUGACGUGCACCUCUGCCCAAAUUGUUAAGAGGGGCUGUCCCAGAGACUUGAUAUUUUAGCUUUAUCGUGUCUUAAAAACCUUCAGGACAGCCAAUCUUAAGGUUUCAUAUGCUAAUACUCCCUUUGAAGAUCUGUCAAUAUUCAGGAACCUGAGAGUGUAAAAAGGUACCAAUUAUUGAUCUUUUGUAAACUAAAAAAAAAAAACUGUUUAAAAUAAAAAAAAAUAGCAUUUACAGUUUUUACAGACUGGUGUAUAUUACAUGAAUGGUUCCCUGUAUACAAAAUGCAACAGUUUAACCUCUUUUUCUCUUCAUGCUGAGUGUUGAAAUGAAAGUCGAGGAGCAAAGAAGCCACGUAAAAGAGAAAGCUUAAAAUUACCCAUUGUAAUUAGCACACAUUCACGUCCAUCAUGUUGCUGAAGAUAUGAAGCAUGACACUGGAAUUCUAUUUUUGUUAAUGUGCUACCUGUAACUGGAUGCCAGUACAACAAGGAGCCAGUGCACCUCAGAAAGGCUAAAGUUUUGACCCUGUCCCUGGGACAGGAAUUCUGAGGGUUUUUAAGUACAGCUCACUUGUUAGUUGCUGCAAGAUCCAUAAAAACAGCAUCAGAACCCUUAGAAGUAUUUUGUAUCAAAACUGAUCAUACUGCAAAGACUCCCUAAAAAAAAAA